AUGAACGUCGACAUAUACUUCUGCAACGGCUCCGGCAACGAUGACUUGUCCUUGCCCAAGGCCACCGUCCAGAAGAUCGUCACGGAGAUCCUGCCGGCCUCUCAAGGGGUGGCGUUCUCUAAGGAGGCUCGCGACUUGCUCAUCGAGUGCUGCGUCGAGUUCAUCACCCUGAUUUCGUCCGAGGCAAACGAAAUCUCGGAGAAAGAGGCCAAGAAGACCAUCGCUUGCGAUCACAUUACCAAAGCACUCGAACAACUGGGCUUCUCAGACUACGUCCCCGCCGUGCUCGAGGCGGCGGCAGAGCACAAAGAAGUGCAAAAGGGACGGGAGAAGAAGGCAAACAAGUUCGCCAACAGCGCCAUUCCUCUCGAGGAGUUGGAGAGGAUGCAACGGGAGGCUUUCGAGGACGCUGCCAACAGGCACGCUUGA